CUCAACGUAACCUUCCACUUCGAGUUCAGGCUCCACCCUAUUUUCUAUUUUUCUAUUUUUUUUUUUAAUUUUCUUAGCCUUUCCUUGUGCGGCUUUUUAGGUACAAUUUUCUCUUUAAAUUUGCUUUAAAAAAAUCUUAGCAAGAAACAAGACAGCCAGUGAUGUUGGAAGAAUCAAUGUCGACUGUACCUUCUUCUUCCCUUUGGGCUUCCAUUUUCAGCUGGUUUACCCCUACUGUUUUCUUUGUCUUUCUUAACAUUACUAUUGGUACUAUCUUUUUCACUUCCACCUUCUCUUCCAACAAUUCUGGCGCCGCCGCUUCUGGCGGUGUCGGCGAUGGCCCAUCACUCCACGAAGGAGAUGAAACAAACGACCCUAGACUCCUUCCAUCCCCAUCUGUUUUACAAAGGCUCAAAUCCAUCAACUUGUACUCUUACAGAUCCCAACAACCUUUUACUUCCACCACCACCACCGCCGAAAUCCCAGAUUCCGGCGCUGAUUUCCAUAUCUCUUUUCAACAACAAACCAGUGAAACUGAAACCACACCUGAACCAGUCCCAACCCACCUCGAUAGAUCUCCUUCUGUUUUGCAAAGGCUUAAAUCUAUAAACCUCUAUGGCUACUUCUCCCCGGAGCAAAAACCCCAUGAGAUUAGCUCCCAUUACACUCCCGAGGAAGAAGAAAUAAAAGAACCCGAACAAGUAGAACAAACCCAACGUGAAGAGGUAGAACAAACCCAACGUGAAGAGCGAGGCUUUGAUGAAAUAUACAGUGAGUUGAAGCGUAACAAUCAAGUUACGAGGACCAAAUCCGACGCCGAACCGGCAUCUGGGGAGGUACCAACGAAGCUUCCGAAGAAGAUGAAGAAAUCAGCGAGUGUGAAGUCACCGUUUUCGCAUUUCGAGGAAGAUGACAUAUUGGAAGCUCGACGGCCUGCGACUAUGAGGGAAGGGAAAGGUAAAGCUACGGAGGAGGACGAUGAAGUAGAUGCCAAAGCCGAUGAUUUUAUCAACAAGUUUAAGGAGCAGUUGAAGUUGCAGAGGAUGGAUUCUAUACUUGGUACAAGGAGAUAGUGAUGAAGUAACAAAGCGUAGAUCUGCUACUAAUAUUGUUUAAUUUACAUGUGUUUUGAACUUUUGUGUUCAAAAAAAUAUAUAUGGGAGUUUAGUUUCAAUUUCAAUGGCGUUUUAAUCCAUUAAA